AUGGCUCGGGGAGUGCUCUGUGCCCUGCUGCUGGCGCUGGGCUGCGCCCCGGGCCGGGCAGGGGAGUUUUGCCACGGCUGGCCGGGGGGUGCCCGGCGCUGGCACCGCGGCUUCCAGUGCCCCGAGCGCUCGGACGAGCCCUCGGCCACGCUGUGCUGCGGCUCCUGCAGCCUCCGCUACUGCUGCUCGGCCCCCGAGAGCCGCCUGGACCAGGGCCGGUGCCCCGGGGAGCCCCUGCCCAGCCCCAGGACCCCUGUGCCAGUGCCCGUGUACCUGCCCUUCCUCCUCGUCGGCUCCGUCUUCGUGGCAUUUGUUGUUGGUGGCGCCUGCGUUGGAAUUUGCUGCUGCAAAUGCUUCAAAUCCCGAGCUGAGGGGCAGCAAAGUGGGAUUGUACCCGGCCAGACUUGGCUCCUGGAGCCCGAUGUUCCUCCUGGACCCCCCAGCUUGGCUUAG